AUGUGUGGUCCAAAACAAACCAUGUAUAAUCAAGGAACACAAUUAUGUUGUCGUAAUGAUAGUAAAGGUAGACCAACAAUUGGUAUUGGAUAUCAACUUACACGAAAUGAUUCUGAAAUGAUUAUGUUAAUGUAUAAUUUAACACUUUCAAAUGUUUUAAAUGAUUGUCAAAGAAACACAAAAGCUAUAAAAUGUGCUGAUAAAUAUGUACCUAAUCUACCACCGAUGAAACGAAAUGCAAUUAUUGAUGUAGCUUUUACCAGUUGUCGAGCAUUGAAUACAUUUGUUCUAAUGAAAAAAGCAUUAGAAAUGAAUAAUUGGACAGAAGCUGCAGAAGAAUUAAGAGAUUCAAGCUGGUGUAGUCAAGUAAGACGACGACGAUGUACUGAAAAUUAUAAUUGUAUUCGUAAAAAUGGUAAUUUUCUAAAUCAAUUCAUUUAUUUAAUUCGAAUUUUGUUUUAUUUAUAGAAU